AUGUCGUCUUGGACAUUUUUUCUUAUAUUCUUUAUUCAGUUAGUAUAUUAUUUGCAAAUAGUCACUGUAGUGAAUGCAUUACUCAAUACAACUGACAACGACAUCGAUAAAACGGUCUAUAUUGAAGAUGUAGCAGCACUUCCGAUUUACGAUAUCUUUUCUGAAAAUCUAUCAACAAAUCCGGUUUAUACAGAAAAUCAUAGAAAAAAAGAUACAUAUGAAAUAUAUACUACAAGUGUAUCAUCAUUUCCAAUUGACAAUAUCGACUCGGAAAAUCCAACAACAGUUCAACUUCAAUCAGAAAGUCAUCCAUACGAAAAAUCUACAGAGUAUUUAUCGACACUUUCAACACACAGUACAGACUUCGAAAACGAAGAAACAACAAUACCAACUGAUGAUAUAUAUUAUACACAAGAAGAAUCCACUGAACGAGCAUCGACAGUUUCAGAACACACUACAGAGUUUGAAAAUGAGAAAACAACAGAAUCGACUGAUGAAAUAUAUUAUACACAAGAAGAAUCCACUGAACCAACAUCAGCAGUUUCAGAACAACAUACAGAGGCCGAAAAUGAAGAAACAACAGAUAAUGGGUUAUUUAUUGUUACCGAAUCUACUGAACCAGCAUCGACCGUAACAGAACAAAGUGCAGAGUUUGAAAACAAGGGAACAACAGAAUCCACUGAUAAAUUAUAUUAUACACUAGAAGACUCCACUGAACCAUCAUCAACGAUUUCAGAACAAAGUACAGAAUUCGAAAAGGAAGAAACAACAGAAUCAACUGAUGAAACGUAUUAUCCACAUCAGGAAUCCACUGACCCAGUAUCAACAGUUUCUGAACAAAGUGUAAAAUUUGCAAAUGAAGAAGUAACAGAAUUGAUUGAUGAAAUGUAUUAUGGACAAGAAGACUUCGAACAGAUGAUCAAGAUUGAUAAUGAAGCUAUUGUACAACAAUUCAAUCCAUUUAUAUCAAUAAGUUUUCAACCUGUUUUCAAGGAACAUCAACAACGUGCUAAGGCAUUUUUAACAUGUUGUCAAUGGGAUAUAGGAUCAGAUGAACUACUAUUAAAAAAAUAUGUUGAUGCGUACGGUUUAUUAGAUGAACAAAUGAAAAUAAUCAAAGAAUGUGCUGAUAAAAUGAUAAUCCAUGAUAAAUCGGAUUGUGAGUUUAAUUUACGACUAUUAGAAAAAGCUCGACAAUUAACCAAGGUAUUUAUUGAUUUGUAUUCAGAAAACAAUACAAUAAAUGAUAAUAGUGCAAUGAAAUUAUUAGAUCAAGCAAUUGUACAAUCAAUUGAUGUAAAAAAUAUUGUUUAUGAUUAUGAUACUACAACAAAUGAUUUUUGUGGUUUUGCUCUCAUUCUAUUAUGGCAACCAUAUAAAUUAAUCAAUUGUGAAAUAUAUUAUCGUUCAUUAUUAUCUAAUAAUUUAUUAUUCUAUAAUAAUUAUAAUAAAUUUAAAAAAGAAAUAAGUCCACCAUUUCAACAAAAAGCUUUAAGUUUAAUGAUUCCUAUUAAAAAUGCUUGGAAUAUAAUAGUUGAUCAAGUAAAAAAAAAUAUUCAAACAAAACUUGAUAACAAACCUCUAUCACAAGAUCAAAUUGAUAAAGAUACAGAUCAAAUUAAAAAUAGAUUAUCAUAUUAUAUAAUCAAACUUAAUCAUCCAAUGAUUAUACACCAUACAAAAAGUGCACAUACUUAUAAAGUUUGCUGUACAUCAAUUAAAACAUCUGAUAUCUUCAAUGAAUAUUUAGCAUAUUUUGAUCAUGAUCCUAAUCAAGGUCAUUCUAUGGAUAAAUUUUUACAUUCUUGUGUUCAACAUCAAACUUCUGAACCAAUUGAUAUUAUGACAGAAAAUAACGAAUGUAAUAUAAGUUAUAAUGAAUUUUUAGAUGCUAUGAAAAAACGACAAGAUUUUAUUAAUAAAUAUGAAAAACAAAAUCCAUCUAUGGUUAUAAAAUUUCAAGAAGCUAUUCGAUUUAAAAUUGGUCAAAUAGAUAUCAUACGAACAAUGGCAGAUUAUGUUGAUCAAUAUUGUCAAGAUCAACAUAUAUUUGAACUUAUGUUUGAUGCUCGUAAAAUAAUUAAUUGUGAAAAAAUAAUUCGUCAUGUUAUUGGCAAAGAAAAUUCGAAAAAAUAUUCCUAUUAUAAUAUAUCAAUAAGUUAUCCAUUUCAAUAUAUGGUACUUGAAGAUUGGGAUAAUCUUGCACAAGCAAUAACUUCUAUAAAAACAGAUGAUGAUACAAAACCUGCAAGCAUUGUUCAUAAUUUAUCAAACUUAUACAGGUAA